CUGAGUUGCAUGCUGGGAGAUGCGCUUCCAGUGCGCAGGGGUUUUAGGUUCCGGAUUCCCUGGACGCAGUCCAGGGCUAACCUCAACCUUGCGCCCCCUCGUGACGCCCUGUUGGUCAUAGAGCUCCAAGCGCUCUGGCUUCUCUGGAUUCCCUGGAUUCUGUGUCUUCGGUAAAAGAAACCCCUAGGCAACUGAUCUGUUCUUGACUCUAAAACUAUGGCCCACGGUCUGGUGAUGUUCUCAGAUGUGGCCAUAGACUUCUCUCAGGAGGAGUGGGCCUGCCUGGACUCGACGCAGAGGGACCUGUACUGGGAUGUGAUGUUGGAGAACUACAGUAACUUGGUCUCCCUGGAUUUGGAGUCACCAUAUGAGACGAAGAAUUUACCUACAGAAAAGGGCACUUAUGAAAUACAUUUUUCCAGAUGGAACCCAGAGGGGAAAAGUAAAUCCCUUGGCCUUGACUGGAUGUGUGAAGGUGAGUUGGAAGAAGCACAGGGCCCUCGAGAGGGAUAUUUCAACCAGAUGAAAACCAGCUGUGCAAAAAAGCCCUCUGAGAGAGAAAAUCCCUCUACAAGACCACACCAGAGACUUCAUAAUAGGGACAAUUCCUAUGAAUGUAAGGAAUGUGGGAAGGCCUUUAGUCGUGGCUAUCAACUUACUCAACAUCAGAAAAUUCACACUGGUGAGAAACCCUAUGAGUGUAAAGAGUGUAAAAAGGCCUUCCGUUGGGGUAACCAGCUGACUCAGCAUCAGAAAAUUCACACUGGUGAGAAACCCUAUGAGUGUAAGGACUGCGGGAAGGCCUUUCGAUGGGGCUCGAGCCUCGUUAUUCACAAACGAAUUCAUACGGGCGAGAAGCCCUAUGAGUGUAGAGACUGUGGGAAGGCGUUCAGACGUGGUGAUGAACUCACUCAACAUCAGAGGUUUCACACUGGCGAGAAAGACUACGAGUGCAAAGACUGUGGGAAGACCUUCAGCCGCGUGUAUAAACUAAUUCAGCACAAGAGAAUCCACAGUGGUGAUAAGCCCUAUGAAUGUCAAGACUGUGGGAAGGCCUUCAUCUGUGGUUCGAGCCUCGCUCAACAUAAAAGAAUUCAUACCGGUGAAAAGCCUUACGAAUGUCAAGAAUGUGGGAAGGCCUUCACACGAGUCAAUUACCUUACUCAGCAUCAGAAAAUUCACACUGGUGAGAAGCCUCAUGAAUGUAAGGAGUGUGGGAAGGCCUUUCGUUGGGGUUCAAGCCUUGUUAAGCAUGAGAGAAUCCAUACGGGUGAGAAGCCAUAUAAAUGCACAGAAUGUGGGAAAGGCUUUAACUGUGGCUACCACCUUACUCAACACGAGAGAAUUCACACUGGUGAAACACCUUAUAAGUGUAAGGAGUGUGGAAAGGCCUUUAUUUAUGGGUCAAGCCUUGUUAAACAUGAGAGAAUUCAUACGGGGGAGAAACCCUAUGAGUGUAAAGAGUGUGGCAAGGCCUUUAGUCACGGCCAUCAACUUACACAGCAUCAGAAAGUCCACACCAGUGAGAAACCCCAUGAGUAUAAGGAAGUUGGAAAGGUCUGUAACCCUGUAAAUCAUUUCAGAGCACAGCAGAGAAUUCACACUGUUAGCAAACCUUUUGAAUACAAAGAAUGUCUGUCCGUAGGCCUCAAAGGAACAUUCAUUCCUUCCACAACAUGAGGGAAAUUUAUGAUACGAUUUAACAUCAGAAUGUAUUCCCUGGUCUCUCUUCUGCUUAUAGAAUAUUAGGACAGCCAUGAUAGAAGCAGAUUUUGAGACUGGAGAAAUCACUCUUCCUUCAUUGUCAGAGCAUACUCAGCAUAGGCAUUUUUUUUUUUUUUUACUGGAUGGGUUUAAUGGAUGCAUAGAAGCUUUCCAGUACCUUUCAGUCUCAUUUCAGAUUCAUUCUGGGGGACAACAUACACACACAAGUCUUUCAUCAUGGUACAUACCCUGCCUACCAGUUGUCAUGACAAUCCUGCCUCUUGACUCCCUGUGAGACACUGGGAAAAUCAGCUGUUACCCCUCCCUGUGCACCGUUUUUGAAAUGGGGGUCACCACACCUGCCUAAUACUGCUGUUGUGGCUGAACGAGUUUGGUAUGUGUAAUUCCUUGAAAGUGUAUCUAGAAUAUUGUGUAAGCUCAAUAAAUAUUAGCUGUUGUCAUUCUUACUGUCAUUACUGUCGGUGAUGC